ACACUGGGAGGACUGGACCCUCAGCCACAGCCGGAAGGAGGAUCAAUGGAAGACGUGGAUUUCCAUGCAUCUGUUUUGACGGACUAGGAGAGCGUGACGUCCCUCUGCAGGGAGGACAGAUUCCUAAGAGGCAAAAAAAAUGAGCGGCAUCACCCCGUGCUCCGCCGCUGAUGCGGUUAUCGGCUGAGCCCGAGCACUGCCAUGUUGCUUUGUGGUCCUGCCACGCAGAUGCUGACCUCCUUUGCAAGUUUUCCUGUGGUUCUUUUAUCUUAACACAGUCGGGAAAAGGCUUGUGGUUUCACCAUGGCUGGACUUCUGCACACUGUCCUCACACUCCUCUCCCUGCUGGUGGCAUGUGAGAGUGAGCCAACCCAAGCGGGCAAAGACGGCGAACCACAUGGACUGGCCCGGUCGGUUCACCUGACCUCUGACUGGGCUUUCCAGCUGGUCAACCACUCUCUGGCCUUCUCCGCCGCCGACAGCUACUGCAGAGGCCAGUUCAGCGCCCUGCCUGCUCUGGACCAAUCGGAAGGAGCUGCGGAACUGCUCCGCCAGGCUGGACUCAAGUCGUACGUUUGGGUCCGAGAUCCCAGCAAACAUGUGUCCCCAGCUGUGGCUGUUUCCAAGCAGUAUGUCCAGUUCCCGGCACUUCACUUCCCAAAAGAGUCUCGGGAAGGCUUCGCCCGGGUUAAUGUGUCCUUCCCAGCUCUGUCCGUCAUCAGCGUGUGUGUCCGUGUUCGCUGGGACCCGGCCUGGAACGAGGUCUCCACCAUUUUCUCCUACGCCUCUCCGGUCUUCACGAACGAGUUCCAGCUGCGGGGCCAAGCGGACAUGCAGGGGAGAAUCCUGAUGGCCCUCAUCAUCCAUGGAAAACACCUGCCCUACAAGGCCUCCUUCACCAGCGACGGCCAGUGGCACCAAGUGUGUGUGACCUGGUCUCGGAGCAGGGGGGACUGGGCCAUCUAUGUGGAUGGACAGAGCAAGGACAUGGGUUCAGGAACCGACUCCUCAAGAGACCUCCAUGCGGACGGAAUACUCAUCCUGGGUCAAGACCAAGACUCGUUUGGGGGGAAUUUCACCGAGCCGUUUUUUGGGACCAUCACUGAUGUCAAUGUUUGGAAUAUGUCUCUGGAAGCCAGGCAUGUCCGAGCACUCCACGAAUGCUCGCCUGCAACCCACGACCUGCUUUUUUCCUGGAACCUUGACAACCUCAUCAUCCACCCGGACGUCCACCGGGUGCAGGCCUCCUUGUUCUGUCCAGCUCUCCACCGGCCGAUGGAGACACAGGGCUGCAGAACUUUCCAGAGCUGGUCAGAGCAGUUACCGUCCAUCGGCCUGACCGACUGCUCCGAGCGGCUGCCGUUCACCUGCGUCACCAGCAGAGAGCGGUAUCUGAAGAUGAAGCAGCUCAGCGACUCCCACGACACUCAGCCCACGACCUUCAUGUCCCAGCUGAUGAAGCUGUCCAACAGGAGCCAGUCAGGCCAUGGACACCAGCUGGCUGCUCUGACCAGUGUGGACGAAGCGUCCGAGCUGCUCAACAUGUCCGUCCAGGCGCUGGCGGACUCGCAGCGGGCCGAGCUGCAGCCGUCUGACAUGGUGUCGUUGGUCCAGCUUCUGACUUUGGCUGCAGAUCUUCCCGUGCAGACGGAUGACGCCUCCAACCACAGUCGGGAGAGAGUCCUGGAGCUGAGUCAGCACUUUGUCAAGGUGGCUGACAGCAUCAUCAGCCAAGAAAACACACUCAAGUGGCAGGCCAUCAAAGAGGUGGUGAACGGACCCAUGGACGUGGUCAAGAGCAUUGACCGUAUGGUGACCAGCUUCAGCCCUCAUUUAAUGGGGAACACGGAUCAUCUCACUAUCCACAGUCCAAACAUCAAACUGGCCGUGCGGCAGCAGAACCUCCAGGAAGUACCGUCCAAAGCACCAAGCUUCUGCGGGCCCAACACUGAGAAGUCCUCCAGCCAGGACUGUAUUGCAGUGCCCCAGCAACAGCUUGUGGAUCUCCAUCACAACGGAUUCCAGAAGCUCACGUUGGUCAACACGUGGUACGGCUCGCUGCGACAGCUCUUCAGUCCUGGGGAGAACAUCACCAUGGUGCCUACUGUCAGUGACGGCAGCCAGAGAUACCUGGGGACCAUCCUGGGCUCCUCCGUCAUCUCCACCACCAUACUGGGGGACGACCAGCCGGUCAGCACCGCAGUUCACUUCCAGCUCCGUCACAGAGUCCAGAACACUGUCAACACCGUGUAUGAUCCGGUGUGUGCAUUCUGGGAUUUCAGUCUCACGCCUGAGUCAGGGGGCUGGUGGAAUACCGUUGGAUGUGAAGUGGUGGCCAAACAAUAUGGAUUCACUACCUGCUACUGCAAUCACACCACUAACUUUGCACUGCUGCUGCAGGUGUACGAAGCCGAGAGGAGCCCAGAGAACGAGCGGGCUCUGCAGGUGCUGACAUUCGUUGGCUGUGGAGUGUCUCUGUGUGGCCUCCUCUUCACCUUCAUCCUCUUCAUUGCUGUGGGGGUUCCUAAAUCAGACCGCACCACAGUCCACAAGAACCUGAUUGUAGCCUUGGGAGUUGCAGAGCUGCUGCUGAUGUGUAGCGACUGGGCGUCGGCCAAUGAGGCAGCGUGUUUUGCGGUGACUGCGCUGCUACAUCUCUUCUUCAUGGCUUCCUUCUCCUGGAUGUUGGUGGAAGGUCUGCUGCUCUGGAGCAAAGUUGUGUCUGUCAACAUCAGCGAAGACCGCAGGAUGAAGGUCUACUACGUGAUCGGCUGGGGACUUCCUGUUCUCAUCGUUGGCGUGACACUGACGGCAUCGGUCAACGAGUACAAGGCCGACGAUCACUGCUGGCUCAACGUAAAGACAGAUACGAUCUGGUCCUUUGUGGGACCAGUUAUAUUUGUCUUGUUGGUCAACGCUGUUGUGUUGUGCCGAGUCGUCAUGGUGACCGUCUCCAGCGCUCGCCGCCGCUCGAAGAUGCUCAGUCCAAGCUCUGCGUCGAAGAUUCAGACCUUCGACCUCACCUGGGCCGUGACCCGCCCCGUUCUCAUCCUGCUCCCGGUGCUGGGUCUGACCUGGUUGUGUGGAGUUCUGGUCCAUCUCUCGGUGGUGGUGGCAUAUAUUUUCAUCGCACUCAAUGCUUUCCAGGGUCUGUACAUCUUCCUCGUCUAUGCUGUUUACAACAGCGAGGUGAGAAGCGCCAUAAAGAGGAUCAAAGAAAAGAGGAAGGCCUUAUCCUUCACGAACUGCUCUCAGCCGACCACCUUCCUACCCUCUCAGAGGGUGCCUAUAAGGUCCUGGGGCCACGGUCCACCCACCCCAUCCAGCCCUGAGACCAGUGAGACUUCAGGACCCGCCAGUUCCACGUCUCUGGUUAUCAAGAAUGAGAGUUUCAGAAAAGACAGCUGUGUGAGUUUCUCCUUCAAACCUCCGACUGAAAACCAGGUGGUGCAGCUGACCGCCUUCAAGCCGUCAGGUACAGAUGUUUAGGGUGUGAGCUGAUGACCUUCACCCCAAAUCCAGCUUUGGAAACUCAACGUUAGAUGAAGAGUGAUGAGCUCUUAUUCCAUAGUUGGAUGCCAGAGCAGCUCAGAUUCCUGUCGUCGUAGACCUCGUCUCAUGCUGCUGGUCUCUGUUCUGGCUAUGACACAAACACCCUCCGUCGGAGGCUUGGACUAAAUCGCCCGUAUCUUCAGCUGAAGAACUCUGUGUGUCAGGACAGAAAGGGGUUUCCAUUAGACUUUGUCAGCCAUUAUAAAUUGCCAUCUCUUGUGUUGGCGAUCUUCAAACUUGAUCGAGACAUUGACGUCAACCAAAACACGGUCAGACAGUAGAAGUACUGGGUUUCAUUUCCAUGAACAGAAAACAAUCCAAUAGAACUUUCACAGUGUGUGUUACAUUCUCCACAGCCAAGUGGUCAUUAGUUUCUGGUAUAUUUCAUUUGUCAUCAGUAUUUACAGGUAUUUCCUGCAUACUGUCUGCAUUAGAGAGACUCGGAGUAGCCGCGUCAGUUGAGGUGGCAUCUCAUGAGUACGCCUCCUGGAGGCUUCUCUCUUGGGGGUUGCUCCUGCCACCCGGCAACAGAUAAGCGGCCGACGAAGCAAGAUUUUUUUCCCUUUCAUCAGACCUAGUAUCAAGUCUUAUAACCACAAGAACAAGUUUACUCUCGUGAAACCAAGUCCUCGGGGAGACAAACUCUGUCACGUUGCCAGUUUCAGAGUGUGUGUGCCCGUUAUUUACUCAGAAUCACAUCAAGUUUCAUCACUGGAAACAGAAAACACCUUUGUCUUUUGUGUCAGGAGGAAAGGAGGGAGACCAGUUCUGACAGGGAUGAGAACAGAGCACCGCUAACCAAAGCUCCUUCCUGUCAGCUUUCAAGACGCAUUAAAAAACAGCAGGUCUGCGUCUGCUUGGUUCCGAUGUUUCAGCCCCGACACUAGAAAGACACUGAAGCUCCAGUCCGGUCUCUCCCCGUAUUGUAGCGCAGCACAUGGAACACAUGUUGUGUUGGGCUGGACCUUUGACCUCUGUCCCACUCAGCAUUGUGUUGUCUGCCCGGCGUCCUUUCUUCUGCUCCUCUGACUGUUGUCCCUCUUCUCUGAGACGCUCGCGGUCCCAUCAUUAGGACCUUGGCCCGGCCUGAACACACCAGCUCUGCUCUAUGUGAGUGUGUUGUGCUGACAUAAAGGUGCAGACAGGCACAGCAGAUGGUCCAAACGUCUCCUGACGGUCACCCAUAAGGCUCCUCGGUGCUGGAGUGUGGCGGCUGCCGGCCUGUGCUGAGUGCUCAUUGUGGUGCGGCGGCACAAAAGACAAGUCGCUGCGCAUCAUCAGGACGUCUAUUCACGGCGCCGGCCAUUAACCACUCCAACACCUGCUCUCUCUCUCUCCCGUGCGCUUCACACCUGAGCACAUGUGGGACCUGGACGCAGCGUCACGGGAGCCUCGGCCUGCGCUCCUGCUCAUGCG